UACAUUAACAUCAAUGUACAAAGGUCACAGUUGUGAAUAGGAAUUAUUCACUUCUUUCAGUCAGUCACACCGAUACAAAUUCUGGAGAGGGAGCACAAGGAAUAACCAUGAUGGUCAUCUCAGAGUUCCAAAAAAUUGGGAUUGGUCUGAUCGGGUUUGGUUUAUUUUUCCUGCUCUUUGGUGUGCUGCUGUACUUCGACUCGGUCUUGCUGGCAUUUGGGAAUAUCCUGUUUCUGACUGGCUUGACAUUCAUCAUUGGCUUUAGAAGGAUGGCCCACUUCUUCUGCCAAAGACACAAGUUUCGAGGCUCUUUUUUCUUCCUAGGAGGUGUGUCUCUGGUGCUGUGCCGUUGGCCAAUCAUUGGAAUGCUGGUGGAGAGUUAUGGCUUUGUGCUAUUAUUCAGGUCCUUCUUCCCGAUGGCCUUAGGAUUUGUGCUGUCAGCUGUAAACAUCCCUUACCUCAGUGCAUUUUUUUCCAGCAGCUCCUCCAUGGUGUGAGCAGAAUAACAUGUUACAGCAAUGAAAGAGUGUGUGUGUGGUCACAAUUAUUUUGUUGUUAACCAGUAAGACUAUAAUUUUUUUCAAUGUACUGUAUUUUGCACCCUUUAGGGUUGCAAUUAAUACGCUGCCUGAAAGCUACUGUAACUUAAAACCCUAUAUUUUCAACAUUAUUUUGCAAUCACUUACUGUUUUUCGUCCUCUAAUAUCUUGUUAUUUUGGCUUUAUUUAGAAAUGACCUAUUUUAUGAUAUUCCCUUGUGAUUUCAUUAUGGGACCAUCAUUCCAAAUAUCACAAAAAGGAACCAUGUCUAAUUAUAACCAACAAAAACCAUGUUCAUGGAUUUUUACAAAUUUCCGGCUCAAGGUUUGUGAUUUGACACUGCAUAGAAUGUUAUUUUAUGAAAUACAUUUUGAUAGUGGACAUUGGUUAAAAGUGCUUUACACUGGUUAAAAUCAGUGUUCAGUAGAAUAAAUUAUUAUCUGGAUUUAAAAAAAACAUCAUCAUCCACUAGUCUUUGUGCUGCUUUGCCUCCUCUUUGUCUAUAUUUUUCUCAUUCAUUUUUUUGUGCCUCACAUUCAUAAACCUGACACUUUGCUGUAGUAGGAACUUAGAAACCUGGCUCCUCCUCUGUGUGUAAUCUAACCUUUAAUCCUUUGGUAUGAUGCAUUUUGGCACACAGGCAACUCCAAAGCAAUAUCACAUACAAUUAAUGUAACUGUCAAGUCAAUACGCCAGGCAAAUACAGUAGCAUUAAAAAUAACCCAUAAUAAAUGGCUGAUUUGAUUAUUCUGGUAAUUGGCAACUUAAUUGUACUUAGUGGAAUUUGCAUUAAAAAAACACAAUAUUACUCUGUUCAGCCCCAUUUUUACUAUAUAAUGAGCCUCUACACAUUUAACACAGCAGUGCAAUGGCAGUCACUUAGUUAAAAAGAUUACACAAGUUAGGAACACUCAGUUCUGGGUAAAAUGUCAAUUUGUCUGUGGUGAGCUGCCCUUCAGCUCCCUGCAUUGAAGAUGAGUUAAAUAAAUUGUCUACAAACAGACUUUA